UCCAAUCUUUGGCUAACCACCAGUUCGCAUCUUACAUGGCCUUAAAGUUAGGACAAAUCACUCAAUUAAAAAUCUUUCCCCUCUAAUAAAUCCAGAUUUAAAAUUUAGAAUAUUAGCUAUCAUUGUUCCGAAUAAGAAAUCUGCGAGCUGCAAUAUGAAUUCAUCAGCCAAUAAGGGUACACAGGAUGUGAAUGCACAAAACCAAAUGGAAAGGAGGGUGGAGACUCUGGAUUAUCAAUCGUCAGUGGGACAAGGACAAGAACAAAGGCCUGUGGAAAUUAUUCACCAGCCACAAAUUAGCACACCUUUGUCGAACACUAGUGGUGGCGUAUUGUCUAAUGCUGCUGCGUCUGUUGCAUCGACCCUCGAGUCCGCCAAGAGAGCUAUUUCACGGAAAUAACUCCAUCAUACUAUGUUGUAUAAUUUUGUUAUCUUUUUCUGAUAGUUCUUUAUUUCUACUGUAAACUCUCCAAGGGGAAUACAAUGAUAUUUCACAUGACUGGUUGAAUGUCUCGAUAGUUCGCCUCAAGAAAAUCUUGAGGAUUUGUCUAUUAAUAUUUGUUUAGAACUGUGUGUUUUGUAGUAAAUAUCUGGCUCAAUUCAAUAUAUUUCCUUUUCCGUUCACAUAAAUCAUAAUUAUCAAAUAUACAGCGACAGUUUA